AUGACUUCCUUGCGAGCCAUCCGAGAAUCACUCGGCCUGGACACCAGCCUCAAGCCCUUUUCCGUUUCAAUCGCGGAGCUGGAACGCCAGCUCCAUGCACUGGACUCCAUGUACCUAGAAUUGCCCCGAAAUGGACGCGAAUACUGUCGUGGAGUAUACAAGCUCCAAGAGAAGGCAACCGAGACCAUCAACGAGAUCGAAAAUAGCGACUAUCCCGAAGAGAUAGUGAUCGAAGCACUUUCACGCGUCAACGACAUUUUAGGCGAGGUUAACCUCAUCGCUGGCAACACAUGGCUGAUGACAAGAUACGGUCCUAAUUUGCGGGCAUCGGUUUGUUGA